AUGGCCGACGUGGAGGAACAACCCGUUAAGCGACGAAUUCGAAGCCGCCGCGCCCCUCCCGAUCGAAAGUUUCACUGCAGUCAUGACGGCUGUGGGAAAAGCUACAGUCGUGCCGAGCAUUUGGCGAGACAUCAAUUGAACCAUGCGCCCAAGCAGAUCUUUCAUUGUGAAUACUGUCCUCGCUCCUUUGUUCGCCAAGAUUUAUGUUUUCGCCAUCAAGAGCGUCACUCCACCCGCGGCUCGCAGCUGCAAAAACGAGAUUAUUUUGCCCAUGAAGCCUAUGAUGAGCGCACCAAGUCAAUCCCACACGCUUCCUCCCCUUCAUCGCCGUCUAUCACUAUUCCCGAUUAUCAAUAUAUCACGGAUCCGACACCCAACUCAAAGUCCCCUCCAGUCUCCGCUUACCCACUUUCUACGGGCAACGACUCUACCGGAAUCCCUGUGACCUAUUCUGAUUUUCCGCGGGUACUUGAUCAUUCAGAUGGAAUGCUAGGAUUUGACCCUAUGGCGAAUGCAUAUCCCAUUUUCGGAGAAACCCACAGUAGGUCUCCAUUCGCCAUGGCCGACGAUUUUGCAGCAUGGCUCUUCAACGAACCAAUGGCGCCUCUAGGAUACAGUAUGAUGCCAGUAUCUCAAAAUCAAUUCUACGCCAACGAGUCGCCAUACACUAAUCUCACUGUCAUUCCUCAGCACCCGAUGAGCAUGACCAGCAUCUUGGACUCAGGAUCGCUGCCAGCCAUUAUCUCUGAGGAGAAAAGACAAGAGCUUUUACAGCUGAUGGCGACACGAUUCAAUGAGGCGGCGUACUCACCAGAUGCGAAGCGCAAGGAUGCGCUGAUGGAUGGGGACCUGAAUCAUGACCGACAUGCUUUGAGUCUGCGCAUGAUGCAGACGUAUAUCGGCUCUUACUGGUAUCAUUUCCAUGCGCAGAUGCCAAUACUCCACCAGCCGACAUUUGCAGCGGAUCGCACGCAUAAUUUACUGUUGCUGGCUAUUAUAGCCAUUGGGGCGGCAACUCUGGACAAAGUCCAUGGGUCAGCGACGACUGAGACGGCGGCAGAGCUGGCAAACUUUAUCGCGUGGCAUCUGCGCUGGGAGAUCUUUAUGGAUGCAGACUGUCGACCACCCGCCCGCCUGUGGGUGUUCCAGGCCUUGUUGCUGUUGGAGAUUUUCGAGAAAGGGUUCUCUACGCGGGCGCUGCAUGAACGGGCGCACAUUCAUCACGAUACCACGUUGACACUCAUGCGCCGAGGCAGCUCGCUGAUCGGCCGGUCACCAUCUGAUACACCAGAGUUGAAGGAGGAAGAUGAGUCGUGGUCCCAGUGGAUAAAAGCAGAAUCUACACGGCGUGUAGCAUUUGCUGCCUUUAUCAUCGACUCAACCCAUGCAAGUAUGUAUGGUCAUGCGGCAAAGAUCGUCGCCCAUGAGCUCCGACUACCUAUGCCGUGCGAUGAGGCAUUAUGGGCCGCGACCAGCGCUGCCGAAGUGGCACGGGUGCAGUCCAGCUUACAAUCUCACGGUGUCCGUCCAGUCAUGUUUCUUGAUGGACUCAAGCGCACCCUCAACGGACAAGCCGUCUCGAUACAAACGCCAUUCGGCCGCAGUGUUCUUCUGGCAGGAUUAUUGAGCGUCAGCUGGCAUCUCAACCAGCGAGACCUGCAGAUCAGCUCACUUGGAGUCGGCCAGACUCUUGAUGGACGUGACAAAUGGAGGACAAUAUACAACGAGGCAUUGAGUAAUUUCACCUCUGUUGAGUCCCAAUCGUGCGAUAUUCUACAUGGACUUGCCCAUAUGGUAUCCCAUGUCGACAUAGUGGACCUUCAAAUAUUCGCUGGGGCCGGCAGGUUAAUGGGACGGUCGGUCACAUCACGAGAUUACACCUCAGCACGGGACAAGACCAAUCAUUGGGCGACGAAGGCGUCUGCGCGCGAUGCCACCUUCUACGCAUUGAAGUUCCUAUCGGCAUGCUCUUCCGAAUUUCACUCGGGAGAGUACGUUGCGCGCGAUGAUUACCUCCUGAACCGACCAUGGGUCAUCUACUUUGCCACACUGGUUGUGUGGUGUUAUGGGUUUGCGCUGAAUGGACCUCUCCAACAUCCACCGGUAUUGGCAACAGCUGCCGAGCGGCGAUACAACAUGGACCAGUUCCUGCGGCGAAUAGGAGGGAUUCGUGAACCUCAGGAGCUUGAAGGGAUGAAAGGAUGCAACGAUUGUAUGGGAUUGCUGAUGGUUAUACGCGACUCGUUUGCAAAUGCAAGGUGGGAGUUAUUGGGUGAAGCAUCCUUAUUGCUCGACAAUUGUAUAGCAAAGCUACAGUCGUAG